AUGAUUAAGGUUACACAGAAAAAAACUGUGGACAGAAAAGACGACGGUACAUUGAAAAUAUCAACAACUCUUGGUGUUGAUCCAUUUGACCAUGUUACAAUUGCUAGUGUUUGUAUGGCUAUCUAUAAAACUCUUUUUCUGGAGGAGGAAAUCGAAAUAGAAAUUAAAAUGUCUGACUCAACCAAUCCAAUAUCCAAAUGGUAUAAAGUUUUCACUGAUGGGAAUCAAUCCAAAUUCAUAGAAAUUGGGGAUAGUAAAUUUUCCUUGGAUGUAAUUAGUAAAGACCCUAACUUUCAAGUUGGUCAAACACGAUUUCUUAAAAGCCCAAUAGCAGCUGUUCCUUCUACUGGAUAUGUUGCUAGAGAUAAUUACAGUUGUGUAUUUCAUGGCUGUCCUAGCUGCUAUCCAGAUGAUAGAAGCACCCUGAAACAUUCAUCGACAGGGCAAUCAAUGGAAGAAUUAUACACCAUUACUAAGAAACGAGAAAAGGAAUUAAGGGCAUUAGGGUACAUUAUAGUUUCAAUUUGGGAGCAUGACUUUUUGAAACAAUUGAAAACGAACAAGGUUUUGAAAGAAUACGUUGCAAAUCUAGAUAUUCAAGAUAGACUUAACCCUCGAGAAAGUUUCUUUGGAGGGCGCACAAACGCAAUUAAACUUCAUUACAAAGCAAAAGAUGAUGAAAAAAUUCAUUACUAUGACUUUACCAGUCUGUAUCCUUGGACUAACAAGUAUAGUAAAUAUCCCAUUGGACACCCCGAAAUUUUAACAGACGACUUCAAAGACUUAUCCCAGUAUUUUGGAUUAGCAAAAGUUAAAGUAUUACCACCAAAAGGAUUAUAUCAUCCAGUCCUACCCUACAAUUCAAAUGGCAAGCUGAAGUUUCCUCUGUGUAAAAAGUGUGCAGAUGAAGAAAACCAGGAUACAUGUACAUGUUCUAUUGACGAAAGGUGUAUUAUCGGAACGUGGUGUACCCCAGAAUUAGAACUAGCAAUUUCAAAGGGAUAUGAAGUUUUAAAAAUUUAUGAAAUAUACCAUUUUAAGGAUGCUACACAGUAUGACAGAUUUUCUGGUCAAGGCGGGCUCUUCUCUCCGUAUGUUAACAUGUUUCUUAAAAUAAAGCAAGAGUCGUCUGGUUUUCCAUCGGGAUGCAUUUCAUUAGAAGAUAAACUUGAAUAUAUUCGUCAGUACGAAGAAAAUGAGGGCAUUCAAUUAGAAUAUCAUAACGUAAAGAAAAAUCCAGGUUUACGCUGUUUAGCAAAGUUAUGCCUUAACAGUUUCUGGGGAAAAUUUGGACAAAGAUUGUUGAUGCGACAGUCAGAAUUUAUUCACGAAUCGGAAGCAGAAAAGUUUUUUAAACUUUUGUCUGACGUUCGAAAAAAUGUGAAUAAUUUUCAUAUAAUCUCAAAUGACACAGUGCAACUAGAAUGGAUAGAAGAUCCCUUGUUUCCAGGAGUUGAUAACAAGACCAACAUUUUCUUGGCGUCGUUUACGACCAUGUGGGCACGAUUGAAAUUAUACAGUGUUCUGGACAUACUUGGAGAAGAUGUCUUAUACUUUGACACAGAUAGUAUAAUCUUUAAAUCCAAAAUUUCUGACGAUCUUCGUCGACUGCCCAUUGGAAACUACCUAGGUGAACUUACGAAUGAAAUAAAACCCCAAGAUGGAUUUAUCACAGAGUUUGUAUCGGGUGGACCAAAAAACUACGCUUACAGGACAUUGUCAGGAAGAGAAGAAUGUAAAGUUCGAGGAUUUACCUUGAAUUGGAAAAACUCGAAACUUAUAAACUUUGAUGCUAUUAAAAGUAUGAUUUGUACCGGACAAAACGACUCUGUGACAAUUACGAACCCAUGUAAGAUAUCCAGAGACAGUCGAAAAAGAAAACUUUUCAACCGAAUCGAAGAGAAGAAAUACCAAAUGGUUUAUACCAAGCGUAAAAUCUUAAGUAAUCUGGACACACUUCCAUAUGGAUAUUAA